UAAAAACGAUACGAUCCGAUAAAGCUCUUCUCUUUUCCCGCAUUUCAAUUUUUAUAUCUUUUACCAUUCCCAUUUUCAUACCAUCAUCCAUGGUUUCAUUAUGAUCGCAUGGCGGUUACAAGAAUUUCUGUUGGUUCAGUAUAAAUGUUGCGGUGCUACCUAACAAACGAUAUAGCCAACCGUUUUUUUUUUAUUAUUAAUAAUAUUAAGCACUUAUCACAAUGCAUAUAACGACGAAACGUUCGGUUUGACACAGUAAAUUUGAAAAUAAAAAAAAGCAACAGAAACCAAUAAAAAUCGUGUUAAUAAAGUUUUUAAUGUGUGACUGUGCAGUGAUCUCAAUUAAAAAUUAAUCGGCGUGAAUUUUUAAACCAAUCAGACAGAUUUAUUAUGACUAUCCGAAGCUGAAAAAAACGUUUUUUUGUUUCGAUUUUUUCCUUCUAAAUUGUUAAUUAAAUGAGCAACUUGUCUAACCUUUAUGUGUUACGAGCACUUUAUAUGUGACAACGAAAACAAGACUCAAAAACUCUUUCUUCAAAACUAAUGUAAAGUGUUGUUCAAAGUUGUUGCAAUAGAAACACGACGAAAUGAUUUCGAUAAAGAAAUUGGUCUAAUUCGGAUUGGACGUUUAAGUGCUGUGUUUUCUUUAUGAACCAGUUUUUCCAAUGGUGACAUGAGUGACCCUAUGGGAAUAACAAAAAGUGUUUGGUAUUUUGUGACAGUAUCGCUAUGUACAUCAAUUCUAAGCGCUGAGCCUAAUCAACUAUUUUCGGAACAAGAAACAGUGGAAACAUUGGUAAAACGAUGGGCACCACUGGUAUGGCUGAGUCCAGGCGAGAAAUUCAUGCCAGGCGAUGUAACGGAAUUUCUGCAACACGUACACGCCGAAAAGAAUAAACCAUCAUCAACACCCGUGAAUGAGGUCAAUUACGAGUAUUUGGACGAUGAAAUUGUCCGGUAUUAUGAGAGCGAAAAUGAAUUGAAUAAAAUUGCGCGUCGUGAUGGUAAGGAACCGAAUCAAUGGGAAACCCGAAACAAGCGCAUGUUCAAGGAUCGGAAUUUCUUGUUGGAUUAUAUCAUUGAUUUGCCGAUUGGACGGCGAUCAGCGAACUGGUUUUUGGUGACGAAUGAUGAUGUGGACGACUUACUGAAAGACAAUUCAUCAUUCAUCUAUGGACAAAAUCCAAACUUAGCGCAGAUACCUAUAUACGCGAUGAUAAGUUUAUGCGACUCAGCUGUACCAAGUGUAUCCAAUCCAUCAUUGCAUUUGAAUGAAAUUAACUACAAUGAUAGAAUGGACCAACCACAACCGUCAAGAAUUCCAUACAUUCCUAUUGUACCAGAACCGUUUCCAUAUGCUUUCGAUCAAAUAAAGAACACCACGGCAAAUGGUGCUGGUAAAGUGGAUCUGAACGAUUCGAUUCCUAUCAGACAUCGACGUGAGCUGGACAAUGGUGGUUUGGACGACAAUAUUCGCGUCGAUUACAUGAAACCAAUGAACUUCCAUCGGCCCAUGCCACCCAAAAUUCAGGAAAUCGAAAAAGUUUUUCCAAGUUUUCAUGUCACGUAUUGGAUGUUUUACCCUUAUAGUCAGGGCAAAACUAUGUGCACAAUAAAUCUCGGUCCAUUGGGACGGCUUCCCAUUCCGCUGAUAUUCGGCGUAUGCUUAGGAACUAAAAAAGACUUUGGCAGUCACAUUGGCGAUUGGGAGCACAUGAGUCUCUAUUUUAAAGGCAGAUCGGAACCGGAAGCUAUGUACAUUUCAACCCAUGACGCUGGAGCGUAUUACAUGUACGAACGUUUAACUGGCACCUUCGAUUUUCGAUCACAAGAAACACGAAAAGGAAUUUUCCAGAAACCAAAUUUCCCGAAAACGGUUCGAACGUCUCAGGAUCAUCCGGUAUUGUUUUCAGCUGAAGGUUCGCAUGGACUGUGGACGGCACCGGGGAAACAUCGAUUCGUUCGUGUUCCACGGUUGUUCGAUGUCAACGGUUUCGGUACUCCGUGGAGUACGUGGAAGAAUAUCGAUUUUUCGUAUGUUAAUGAACGAAGUGGUCGGACAAUGGGUCCGGAGUGGCUACAAUUUUAUGGAAGAUGGGGUAAUCCGAAGAGCAAAUGUCAUCCAUUGAAGCGUAUUGGAUUGAAUUUUUGCGAGCACAGUGAUGGUCCUACGGGGAUUCCCUUAAAGAAAUCUAAUUUUUAUUGUUAUUUGUGAGGGUAUGGUGUGUGGCGCGUUGUAUUUAUUUAUUUUUUAACUGUGUGAACGGUGUGCUUGAUGUGAAAUUUGUUACUUUGUCGUUGUUGUGUUUCAAACUUGGAUUUUAAUAAAGUUUUCUCUGGAAACUG